AUGGCGCCGAUCCCAGCACCGAGCCCAGCUCAACAAAACGACCAGGCAUCUGCAUCUGCAUCUACAUCUCAACCCACGCUCGCCAUCUCACCCGCUCUCCUUGUUGGAAUCGUGAUCCUGGCCGCGUUUGCAGUCAUCAUCAUCAUCGCCAGUGUCUGUCGCUACUGUCGUAGUAAUAAGGAUGGUGAUGGCACUCGAUCGGCAAGCCUCGAGUACGAGGCGGACCAAAGCGGCGCAAAUGUCUUCAACCCCAACCGGCCUCGUUCUGCGGCGCAGAAUGCACGCAUGAAAGAAGUCAGAUGGAUCAACAACAUGUAUGCGUGGGAAAGGGGCAGACAGGCCAGAAUCGAGAUUGGAGAACUCAAAGCGCCGUCCAUGCUCACGGGAAGGACUGGCAAGACUCGAACCUGGGAUGAAUGGAGCAGCAGUGGUGGUGACAAUACUUCACCGUCGGGAUCAGCAUCCGGAGAACAGAGCGACGUCCAGCCGGUCGAAGACCACAGUGGCCUAGAAUACUUCUAUAACCUUGACAACCCCUACGUCGAGUCCUCGUCCCCGUCCCGACAGCGCCUCGACCACCUAGCACCACCGACUUCGGCCCGAAACUCGUACCAAACCACCAGCAGCGACUACAGUUCCCGCCGGCAGUCCUCGGUGUUGCUUCCUCAUCCGAUUCAACAUCCGCGCGACAUGGCUCCUGGCAGUCCCAGCCCACUUCGCCAUGAAUAUCAGUAUCAAUAUGAGGCAUCGGAGCCAAAACAUCGUCUAGACCAUUCGGAGUUGGAAGUAACUCAUCAUCCAAACCAUUCAGAGUCGGAACCAUCUCCCUACCAACACCAUUAUUCAGUUUCGCCGCACGAUUCCCCCGAACCGGAACAGAUGGUCGCUGAGCCACAUGCACACGCGCACGAGCACGUCCGACGUGUUCAGAACCCGAGAAUCACCAUAAACGACAACGAUGCAGAGGAUAUCACUGCUGAUCUGCCAUCUCCACCCCGAUCUCCCGUCCAGGCUCUGGCUCGGCCUCGGCCUCGUGCCCAUCAAGAGGAAAACAACAACACCUUCGAGUCUGUAGACCUGAGUGGCGACUGUGGUCGUGACCGCGAACAUAAGGGUAUACAGGACAGGAUCCAGCGCGGCCACGGCCUUUCUUCGGCAGCGACACCGAUAUCGAUGCCUUCAAGAACCGGACCUGGUCUGGAUACAACCACUACCGCUGGUGCUUCAUUUUUCCCAACCACGACGGAACUCUUCCCUUCUUUCGACCCUCUGCCGCUCUCACAGCCACGCGGCUCGGUGAGCGUCUACUCUGACGACGAGGACGAGACGUUCCAACAUGGACGUGAUGGGAUGAACCGCGAUGGGAUGAACCACUACGGAAGUCAUGGGAUGAACCAGAAUGAAAGUGGUGGGAUGAACCACUACGGAAGUCAUGGGAUGAACCAGAAUGGAAGUCAUGGGAACGAUCUGGUCGUCGAUCACCAUCACGAUCAUAAUGACGGAACGCAGCUCGCGCAGAGAGAAAGAGCAGCGACUGGUGACGGCGUCAGGAAUCUGAUUCAAGAAUGGGAGUCUCUCAACGGUCGCUUUGGACGAGAGUUUUGA